AUGGAUCCCAAUCCCCAAGACCUCCCCGCUCUCUCCUCUCAAUUCGGAGGUUUAGGCAUCGUGAACGACCCUCCUCGGUCCAAGAAGAAGCAUCGCCAUGCUCACCAUGACAUCGCCACUGCCGUUCCCUCCCAGAGUGCUCCUCUGGCACCUCUCGACCAUACCUCAACCCAAUUCCUCAACACGGGCUUAAAUCAGACACCGCAAUUUGCUGCCUCUCCCGCUCAUCCUCCUCCGACGAAUCCCCCCCUCUCCUCCACCUCCGCCGCCGUGCCAACUCAGGGCAAGAUUGAUCCGGAACAGAUACCCAGUGUCCCUCGAUCGCGCGACCUGCCUGCUCAAUACUACCUGAACCAUGUGUAUCCCACCAUGGAACGCCAUCUUCCCCCCCCCGCCGCCAUCCCCUUCGUCGCGCACGAUCAGGGCAAUGCCUCGCCCAAGUACGCACGUCUCACCCUGAACAACAUCCCCACGACCGCCGACUUCCUCGCCUCCACCGGUCUGCCUCUGGGUAUGAUCUUGCAGCCGUUGGCGCGCCAGGACCCCGGCGAGCAGCCCGUGCCCGUACUGGAUUUUGGCGACGUCGGUCCACCGCGGUGUCGGCGUUGUCGCACGUAUAUCAAUCCCUUCAUGUCCUUCCGAUCUGGCGGCAACAAGUUCGUCUGUAACAUGUGUACCUUCCCCAACGACGUGCCCCCGGAGUAUUUCGCCCCCCUCGAUCCCUCUGGUGCACGUGUCGACCGUCUGCAGCGUCCCGAGCUGAUGAUGGGCACCGUCGAGUUCGUUGUGCCCAAGGAGUACUGGAACAAGGAGCCCGUCGGUAUACAGUGGCUGUUCGUCGUCGAUACCAGCCAGGAGUCCGUCCAGCGCGGCUUCCUCCGCGGCGUGUGUCAGGGCAUCCUCGAGGCGUUGUACGGCGAUCACGCCUCGUCCGACGAGCGACGCAUUCCCGAAGGCGCCAAGGUUGGCAUUGUCACUGUGGACCGUGAUGUGCACUUUUACAACCUCAGUGCGCAACUCGACAGCGCCCAGAUGAUGGUCAUGACCGAUCGCGACGAACCGUUCGUGCCCUUGAGCGAGGGGCUCUUUGUCGAUCCUUAUGAAUCCCGGGAAAUCAUCACCUCAUUACUCCAGCAAAUCCCCAGCAUCUUUGCGCCCUUCAAGAUCCCCGAACUGGCGCUGCUGCCCGCGCUGAACGCUGCCCGCUCAGCGCUCCAGGCCACCGGCGGCAAGGUCAUCGCCGCCGUGUCCGGUCUCCCCACGGGCGGACCCGGUGGUUUGGUCAUGCGCGACGACCCCAAGGUACACGGCACGGAGGCCGAACGCAAAUUGUUCACCACCGAUCAUACCGCCUGGCGCACGGCAGCUGGACAGUUGGCUGAGGCGGGCAUCGGUGUGGAUAUGUUCGUGGCGGCGCCGGGCGGUACCUACGUGGACGUGGCGACCAUCGGUCACAUCGCCGAAAUCACCGGCGGCGAGACGUUCUUCUACCCCAACUUCCACGCGCCGCGCGACCUGCGCAAAUUGGCGCUGGAGCUGGCGCAUGCGGUCACACGCGAGACGGGAUACCAGGCGCUGAUGAAAGUGCGCUGCUCCAACGGGCUACAGGUGGCGGGCUACCACGGCAACUUCGUGCAACAUGCGCUGGGGGCGGAUCUGGAGAUGGGUGCCAUCGAUGCCGACAAGGCGAUCGGCGUGCUGUUCAGCUACGACGGCAAGCUGGACCGCGCGCUGGACGCGCACUUCCAGGCGGCGCUGCUGUACACGUCGGCCACGGGACAACGGCGUGUACGCUGCAUCAACACGGUGGCAGCCGUGAAUGAGGGGGGGUUGGAGACGAUGAAGUUUGUGGACCAGGAUGCGGUGGUGAGCCUGAUGGCCAAGGAGGCCGCAUCUAAAACGGUGGAAAAACCUCUGUCGGAGAUCCGGGCCAGCGUGACGGAGAAGACGGUAGACAUCUUCAGCGGUUAUCGACGAAUCUUCUCGGGGUCACAUCCGCCGGGACAGCUGGUUCUGCCGGAGAACCUGAAGGAAUUUUCCAUGUACAUGCUGAGUUUGCUAAAAUCACGGGCGCUCAAAGGCGGCCAAGAAGCAUCGGACCGACGCAUUCACGACAUGCGACUGUUGCGGUCGAUGGGAUGCACGGAGCUGGCGCUCUAUCUGUACCCACGCAUCAUCCCGAUCCACAACCUCCAGCCGGAAGACGGAUUCCCUAACGCGCAGGGGCAACUGCAGGUACCGCCGACACUGCGAGCCAGCUACUCGAAGAUCGAGGAAGGGGGCGCGUACCUGGUGGAUCAUGGCCAAGGGUGCCUGCUUUGGCUGCACGCACAUGUGUCGCCGAAUCUGCUAGAGGAUCUGUUUGGGGAAGGACAGACGACGCUGGCGGGGCUGAACCCACAGACGUCGACACUGCCGGUGCUGGAGACGCAUCUGAACGCGCAAGUGCGCAACCUGAUCCAGUACCUGGCGACGGUGCGGGGGUCGAAAGCAACGACGGUCCAGCUGGCGCGGCAGGGACUGGACGGGGCCGAGUAUGAGUUUGCGCGGUUACUGUUGGAGGACCGGAAUAACGAGGCACAGAGCUACGUGGACUGGUUAGUGCAUGUGCACCGACAGAUCAAUCUGGAACUCGCGGGACAUCGUAAGCGGGAGGGGACAGAGUUGAGUUUGACUGGAUUACGGGCCCCAUAUUGGUAA